AUGGAUACAGAUACAGAUAUUCGUAUGUCUGAUACGAACUCUGCUCCACAUGGAGUGACAUGCCGUAUUUGUAGGGGUGAAGCUACUGAUGAGAAUCCAUUGUUUCAUCCAUGUAAGUGUAAAGGUUCUAUUAAGUACAUCCAUGAGUCGUGUCUAAUGGAAUGGAUUGAGUCAAAAAAUGUCAAUAUUUCUAAGCCAGGAAGUUCUUUAAAUUGUGAUAUUUGCCAUUAUCCGAUACAAUUUAGAACUAUGUAUGCGGAAAACAUGCCAGAUUCAAUACCUUUAAGUUUACUAUUACAGAAGAGUUUACUUUCACUAUUUAAUAAAGCAAGAUUAGGAUUCACAUUAUGUGUUUCGCUUAUAUUGUUUGUAUUUGGUGUGCCGUUAACUUGGAAUUUUUUUGGCAAACUUUAUACAUAUAUUUUAGAUGGUGAAUUACCUAUUCAUGGAGAUUUUUUUAAAUCAAUGAUAUAUGGUUAUCAGAACGAUGUACCCGAAUUAUCAACACCAUUUCACACGUAUUUACAGCUACAGUGGAAUUCAGUGAUCUCUUCUUUCCAGAUUAUUAUAAUAGUGUUGAUUCACAUUGCAUUAUAUUUUCAAUAUGACAUGAUUAUACGAGAAGCUGUCUUUGAUAAAAUGAUUUUACAUAAAGUGGGCUCUGCAUUCACAAGAGAAGAGCUUUUGAAAAUGCAAUUGAAAGAAAGAUUUCCAAUGAUGGAUGAUGAAACAUUAGAGCACGUAGUGCGUUUGAUGCAUUUGAGAGAGGAAAGGAUCGAGCAAGGCAAUGCAGCAGCAGCAGCAGCGGUUGCAGAAGAACCAAAUGAAGAGGAAGAAAUGAACAAUGAAGUCCAAGAGGACCAAUCUGAUGCUUCCGAUGAUGUUGAAUUAGAUCCUGAUUAUGAAGAAAGUGAUCAUGAUUUAAUUCAUGACCACCUAGAUGAACAAGUUGAGUCUGAUGCGUCUGACGAAGAUUUGAUCGAAGGUCAAGAAUUAGACCAUGACCAAGAUGAAGUGCAAGAUUUAUUAUUAGACCAUGAUGUCCCAUUCCAUGAAUAUGUAGGUAAUCGCAGAGCUCAAAAUCAAUUCAACAACUUACUAGAUCAACAUAUUAAUGCCAUGAAUGAAGUAAGGCAAGAACCUGUUGUCCCUGAACCACAACCUCUUCCUCAAGCAAAUGAAGUUGUCGUAGAACAUAACGAAAAUGUGCCUGAGCAACUCAAUGAAAACGUUCCUGAACAACUUAAUGAGGACGUUCCUGAACAACCACAGGAUUUUAGACAACCACAAGCUCAGAGACCGCCACCAAUUAUUUUGGACGCUGGUAUUGGUGCAGCUGCUGAUGACCAACCAAUCGCUGGUCCAUUAGUUGUGAACUUAAAAUUUAAACUAUUGAGUGUAUUGGUUUACUUUGUUAUCGCUGUCGUUUCUGUCUGUUUAUAUUUAUCAAUCUCAUAUUUCUUUCCUACAUUAAUAGGUUAUGGUUUGAUAAAGGUAUAUAUGUGGAUUUUCAAGGUCAUUUUCAGUGCUCUUACUUACUUAUUCCAUUUAAGCAAGCUAGAUAUCGUAUAUUCGUUCGCAUUACAGUAUGUUCCGUAUUUUGCAGUUGUGACUGAAUGGGUCAACAACAAUUUCAUUGCUGUUAUUAUCAGACACUGUCAUGGCUAUACACAGAAUACAAUGCGCAAUAAGUUUAUUAUUAGAGCUGCUCCAUGCUUAGCGACAUAUUUGACGGCUAUAUCGAUUAUUUGCUCAUCGUCAGGUUGGAUUUCAAGAGGAUUUAGUCGUGAGAAUCCAAUGAAAAACCGUAGUAGACGUUUUGCUUUCCAAGUCCUAUUUGUAAUGAAAUGCACACUAAAAGUGUUUACCCUAUUUUUCAUCGAGCUUUUGGGCUUCCCUAUGUUUGCCGGUCUCAUGUUAGAUUUCUCAUUAUUUUGCCCAUUACUUGGUUCCUCAAACCAAUUUAUUAUUUUGUUUGAAUUAUGUUCAGAAUUCCCCCCAUUGGCUUUCGCCAUUUAUUGGGGUAUUGGUACAAUAUACAUGUAUUGGUUUGCCAAAUAUAUUGGCAUGAUAAGACAACAUAUUAUCAGACCUGGUGUUUUGUUCUUUAUUAGAUCUCCAGAUGAUCCAAAUAUUAAAAUUUUGCAUGACAGCUUAAUUCACCCAAUGAAUAUCCAAUUAUCACGUCUAUGUCUUUCGAUAUUCAUUUAUGCUGUUUUUAUUAUUGUUGGGUUUGGUUUCCAUACCAGAGUUUUAUUUCCGAUGAUAAAUUUCAAAAUAUUAAUACCCGACACAGCUCUCUCUUUAUCAUCCCAUUCUUUAUAUUCCUACCUGGUGGUAUUUUACGUGGCUAAAAACUUCAUUGAAUCUAGGCAAGGCGUGAAAUUUUAUAUCAGAAAGUAUUGGGAGAGAGUGUUUGAAGUUUCAUCUUCCAAAUUGCGUCUAUCUUCAUUUAUCGUUAGCAAAGACAUCCCUACUGAACGUGGUCAUAUUAUUUACAGAAACUGGUAUUAUAAGUUUUUCCUAUCCAAGAAUGCGAAAUGGUCAAAUCCCGAUCUAUUUUCUGACCCAAAAACUUCUGAUCAAGCUCAAGCACUUUUCAAAGAGCAAAGUACAGUUCAUGCCUAUUUUAUCCCUGAUGGUAUUUUAAUGCGUGUUCCUUCAUCAGACAUUAUCUCACGAAACUAUGUACAAACUCUCUUUGUCCCUGUUACUAAAUCGGAUAAAUUAUUGAAACCGUUAGAUGUUGAGCGUAUAAAGGAAAGAAACAAAAGAAAUGCAGGUGAGUUUGGAUAUUUAGAUGAACAAAGUACUGAAUUCGAUGGCUACAUAGUCGUGUACACGCCUCCUAAUUUUAGGAUGAGAUAUACUUUGUUGAUUGCCCUUGUAUGGCUAUUUGCCUCUAUUUUAUUUAUCGCAUCUGCUCUUGUUUGCCAAUUUUCAUUUAAUACCCUAUUAGGUGCAACAGCUUUACCAUUAUCUAUACUAAUAUUUGGACAGGAAAGCAUAACGUUUGAAAAAUUGAAACAAUUUGUGUUUACCGGGUUCCGCAGUCUAAACAUAUAUUUGGUCUGUUUCGGAGGAAUGAUUUUAUCCAUUUUUGUUGAAGCAUAUUAUAAAUACGACCUACAAACAAGAAGAUUACGUGAACAUAUCGUCCCCGUUGUCGAAGAAGAAAAUCAAAAUGAAGAAGUAAUUGAAGUGGAACAAGAACUAAACCAAAACAUGGUAGAUUUUAGAGCUCUCGCUAAUGAUAUUGUACAAAAUUUCUUCUUCAAAUUCUUCCUAUUAGUUGGCUACGCAGCAUUGAUAACGCUAAUAAGAUUAUUAAAUUUAUUUGUAAUUGUUGGUCAACUAUGUUCUUUCUUGAUUGGGUACUUAGAUUUUAAGAAAUUGAAUUUACUAGUUGUGGGUAUUUCAGCAAUGUUACCUAAAUUUUCUGACUACUCAACGGUUGAUUCAAAACUUGCUGGGAUUUCAGUUUACUCAAUCAUUGCAUCAAGUGGCAUGUUUUCUAUCUUUUUCAUUAUCAGCAUAUUCCCUGUAUUAAUUUAUAUCAAUAGGAGUACAGAAGAUAUUUUAAAAGAACUUUAUAAGAACAUAAAGAAAGCAAUGAAAUUUACUUUCGAAACCUCAAUCCCUGUGAUCUUAAUGUGGGUUCUUUUCUCUAUUUUCGAAUAUUCGACAAACUCCCAUCAAUAUGCAUCUUUUAAGGUUGCAAUGAGAUUUUUACUAUUCGAUAGAUUGCUAAUUGGUAAUGGAAUUACUUGGACAAUACCACAACAUCUAUUCUAUCUAUCUAGCGUAUCAUAUUUAUGCCUAGUUGGAGGCUGGCAUUUAGUUUCAUUGCUUAUGAAAUUAUUUGGUGUUGCUGUCCAGGAAGUAAAGGAUGAGGUUUACGCAAGAGGUAGAGCAUUAGAAAACUUUUCCGAUAACGAAUAA